AUGGACCAAACAAUUGUGCCAAAGAUUUUAGAACAAAUAGUAGUCUAUGUUGUAAGAUUAAGUAAUGGUAAACCUGACAUAUUUAAGAGUGGCGAUACUUGCAAGAUCUGCCACAAGAGUUUCGCCAACGUAUACCGUCUGCAACGACACAUGUUAAGUCACGACGAGAGCGCUAAUCUGCGAAAAUUUAAAUGCAAUGACUGCGACAAAGCCUUCAAAUUCAAACACCAUCUCAAGGAACACCUAAGGAUCCAUAGCGGAGAGAAACCCUUCGAAUGUGCCAAUUGCGGGAAGAAGUUUUCCCAUUCGGGAUCUUACUCUUCGCACAUGACUUCGAAGAAAUGCCUCGUGAUGAACUUGAAAAUGGGAAGAAUUAAACCGAACAAUCCCGCACUUAAUCCGGAUCGAAGUCCGUCGAGAAAGCGAGCGAAUGCAAUGGUCGCUUCUCAAUUGAAACAUAAUAUGGCGCCAAACGGCUUCUUGCCAAUCUUGCCAAAAUAUAAUGAAGCAUUUUUUGCGUCUAUGGCAACGCAAGACCCCAAUUUUCACCGGCCUCCGCUCGGCCAACCGGGAAUAAAUCCAUUUUACAUGCCGCCUGGAAUGCCCAUGAGUCCUGAAACGGGAAUCACUCCAUACAGUUUUCCUGCAUCAUUGAGCCAAUUAUUUCAGCAACUAGCUACACAACAGUAUCAACAAAGAAAAAUAGAAAGUCCUAAACAAAUGAAUCAUUCUUUGUCUAAUUCAGAAGAUCUUAUUGAAGAAGUACCCGAAGACGACGAUAAAAGGUCUGAAGGUAGCGCAGAACUAGUUAUGGACAUAGAAGAAGACGAAAAUGUAUUAGUCAAAAAAGAGCAUGAUAGCGAUGAGAAUAAUUUAAUACCAGCUUUCCGCCACUAUGAAUCCGUCACACUGAAUAACAAUCGCCGCGACGAUGACAAUAAUCUUGGCUACAAUGCCAUACUUGAGCCCGUAAACACGAGCGUGGAAAAACAUUUAUUUAGGACCAAUACGGGAUCUUUAUCACCUGUUUCUGGCAAUGUGUGUCCAAGUAUAGACUCUCCACCAACUCCGCACGUUAUUAUUAAGGACGAACCGAUCGAUGGUCAUAGAUGUUCCAAGUGUAACACAAACUUUACUAGCAAGAAUGACUUAAUGGAACACGAAAAAGUUAUAUGUGGAAAUGUCUUCCGAAAGCACGAGGGUUUAGCGGCCCAAGUUGCCGAAACAGUAGCACUUAAUAGACUGGAAGCGGAAAUGAGGACAUCAAUCCAAAGUGGGGUAAGUGCUAGCGAAGACGAGGACUUUGGUAAAGAUGAGCGUGACGAUAAAUCUAUUAAUGAAAACGACAGAAAAAUUAGAGUCCGAACAGCCCUCAAUGAAGAGCAGCAAAUUAUUUUAAGAGCACAUUACGCAUUUAAUAAGCGACCGAACAGGGAGCAGUGCAAUAAAAUCGCUCAAAAAGUUGGACUUGACAACAGAGUUGUACAGGUGUGGUUUCAGAAUUUUCGAGCGAGAGAACGGCGAAUGAGUUUAUCAGCAACCCCAGCAGAUCAACCACUUGACUUGUCAACGAAGAAGUCAAAUGUAUCUGUAACCUCCAGUCCAUCGCCGUCCCCAUGCAGUAUUUCGGUAACACAUUCCGAUUCCGAAGAAGCUGUGAAUUUAAGCCAAAAAUCAUCGCGGAGCACAACUCCUUACCGUACUGGCUAUAUUAAUCCCUAUCCACAUUCCAAUUGUUCCUCCUCCUCCCUCACUGACUUUCGACUAUCACCAUCUCCCGGCGAAAAUAUGGCCUCACAUAAGCGAACUUUGCAGAAGGUUGCUGUGAAUCCCAUGAUACCUAUGGAUAAAUUACUACAGUACAAUGACAUAGUCAACGGAAGAUCGCCUAUCCUUAACAUGCACAUCAUGGCAGACAAUAGGCAAACAUCAAGCCCAUUAUAUGAUCGGUCCGCUUGGAAUGAAGAUCUGCAAGGCCAACCUGAUUAUGAAGACGAUGCAACGGUACUUAAGAAAAGCAAACUGAAAGGAAAUGAUAUUAAAGAAAGCGAAGGACAAUUUGUCUGCGAUCAGUGCGAUAAAACAUUUGUGAAGCAAAGUUCCUUAGCUAGACAUAAAUAUGAACAUUCAGGUCAGCGUCCAUACAAAUGCUUGGAGUGUCCGAAAGCCUUCAAGCAUAAGCAUCACCUGACUGAGCACAAGCGACUUCACACCGGGGAGAAACCCUUUCAAUGUUGCAAGUGUCUCAAGAAGUUCUCUCAUUCUGGCUCAUACAGCCAGCAUAUGAACCAUAGGUUUGCUAUCUGCAAACCCUACAGAGAUUAA